AAAAAGGCCAAGCCUUCGUGGCCAGUUAUUCUAACAGUUUCUGCAGCUGAGUUAUUAUCAAGAUAUAUAAAAAUCUCAACUAGCCAGGUUCUUCCCAAAGCUUCAUCAUUGCUUCCAGUGAUCAAAUGUCGAAAAUUACGAGAAUCAUAGCGCGUUCAAGGAUUGGAAAAAAGAUUGAGAAAUCAGGGAAGAUGGAGGUCCCGGAGGAAGACGAACAUAAAUAUUUGUCUUCUCUCAAAAGUCCAAGCAAGAGACAGGAUUUAGACCUGCUCACCGAACCUGAAGAUAUCAAAUAUUUUCCGACACUUUGCGUAAUUGCUUCCAAAAUGGCAUAUAAGAAUAACCUGUUCAUAAAAGAUGUACUUCAGAAACAAUGGAAUAAUAUGAACCUCUUGGACGCGAAAGAUUUUUGGAAUGUGUAUCAACAGAAUCAUUCAACAAAAGCCUUCAUGCUUCAUGAUUAUAAUCCCAACCCUGAAAUGAUCGUGGUGGUAUUCAGAGGCACCAAACCCUUGGAUGUACAUGCAUUGAGCACCGACGUCAAUAUCUUUGGGUGCAAGUUCGGCCAAGGCACCGAAAGAGUCCAUUCUGGUUUUAUGAGAGCCUUAGGGUUACAGAUGGAUGACAAAUGGCCUAGAGAUGUCGACAGAGAUGAUAAUCGCCCGUUAGCUUACUACUCCAUCCGAGAGAAAUUGAGAGAAAUCUUUAGGAGAAAUCGUCAAACGAAAUUCAUUCUGACUGGACACAGCUUGGGGGGCGCACUGGCAAUUCUCUUUUUGGCAGUUCUACUAUUGCACGAAGAAUCGGAUAUAGUGAACAGGUUGAAGGCAGUGUACACAUUUGGGCAGCCUAUGGUUGGAAACCAAGAGUUUGCGGCGUUCAUGACAAGAAAGUUAGAAGAGUAUCGCAUACGGUAUUUUAGGUUUGUUUUCUCUAAUGAUCUUAUUCCUAGGUUGCCUACUUGCAGCGGCACGUUCGAGUAUAAGCACUUUGGGCCAUGGCUCUAUUAUGAUACCAAGUACGAGGGACAGAAAUCUGAUAAAGACCCAUUGAAGGACUACUUCUCGUACAAAAUAGUGAAGGCUGGCAUUGAGAACCGGCGACUCUCGAAGCUCCGGUCGUAUAUAACUUCUCAUCGUGGACGUCAAUACAUAACUGCAAUCCGAGAAGGUGAAACUACUAUAUUACAGUAGUUCGAAGUGGACCAAGAUACAACAUGUUGAAUAUUGGAGGAGAUCAACAAAAUUGAGUGCUGGUGGGUUUGCUAUGUAUAUAUACAUAGGAGAUCAACAUAAUAUAUAUAUAUAUAUUAAAACUUGUUCA